UACAUGGAGGUAGGAAUGAUUCCCGCUGUCAAUAUUUACAGCAAUUGGCAUAUAGACAUAAAAUAGAUCAUGCUUCAUCAGUUGAAUAUUAUGGUGUAAUGAAUGACAGACCAAAUACUUUAGCACCUAAACAAGAAAAUAAAGGAAAAAUCUCAGUAAAAGCAUUAAUUGAUACAUUGUCGAAGUUUAAUACCAUUAGUAAGAGCUUGUUCGAUAAGCUUAAAGAAGAUUAUAGAAUAUGUGAUCCUGUUGAGAAUCUCUAUAAAGAUGUAAUAG